CAUUUCACACGGUAAAUAAUGAAAAUUAAAAUAACAAAAUAAGAAAUAUCACUGCACCUUCUCCUUCUUCCCCACACCAAGUACCAUCCAAAUGGAGGACGAAGACCACUUCUCUGCACUUCUUCGCCUCCGUCUUGACUCCUCUCAUCUUCCUUAUUCUCCCCGUUCCUCUCCUUCCUCUCAACUUCUCAUCAACCAAAUUCCGAUGGCUUCCAAAGCGCUCUUCGUUUUCAAAAUCGCUUUCCUAUAAAAGAACCACGAAUCACAUUCCCCGAUGCGGUCUGAAACCCUAGAUCUCCGAACACUAGACCCUGCUUCGCCACCGUAAUCAGAUCAAAAAGCUUGAACACUCUCCAAAUCAUCUAAACCCCUACCUUUCUCUUCCAAUGAAGCAGUCUUCUUCUCACCAACCUCCCGCUUCGUCGUCAAAGCCAUCUUCAGUUCUCCCCUACAAGACCUCGAAUCUUCGCGACCACUACAAGAUUGGGCGGAAGCUUGGUCAGGGCCAGUUCGGUACAACUUACCUCUGCGUGGAUAAGUCAGAUGGUAAGGAGUACGCAUGCAAGUCGAUUCCAAAGCGGAAGCUGCUCUGCAGAGAGGACUAUGAGGACGUUUGGCGUGAGAUCCAGAUCAUGCACCAUCUAUCGGAGCACCCUAAUGUGGUGAGGAUCAAGGGAACGUAUGAGGACCUGCUUUUUGUGCAUUUGGUCAUGGAGUUGUGCGCCGGAGGGGAAUUGUUCGAUAGGAUUAUACAGAAGGGGCAUUACAGCGAGCGGAAAGCGGCGCAGCUCAUCAAGACCAUCGUUGCGGUCGUCGAGGCUUGCCAUUCGUUGGGCGUCAUGCAUCGGGACCUCAAACCAGAAAAUUUUUUGUUCUCGAAUGCAGACGAGGAUGCGCCGCUCAAGACAACGGAUUUUGGCCUCUCAGUAUUCUAUAAGCCAGGUGAAAUGCUGUCUGAUGUAGUGGGAAGCCCCUACUAUGUUGCACCCGAAGUACUACGUAAAUGUUAUAGUCUAGAAGCAGAUGUGUGGAGUGCUGGAGUGAUCCUGUAUAUUUUACUCUGCGGAGUUCCACCUUUUUGGGCAGAAACUGAAGCGGGGAUCUUCAGGCAGAUUUUACAAGGGCAUCUGGAUUUUGAAUCUGAGCCAUGGCCCAGCAUUUCUGACAGUGCUAAAGACUUGAUCCGUAAUAUGCUCAAUCGAGAUCCGAAAAAGAGAUUUACAGCUCACCAAGUUCUUUGUCAUCCAUGGAUUGUUGAUGAUAGAGUGGCACCCGACAGACCAUUAGAUUCAGCUGUUUUAUCGCGCUUGAAGCAGUUCUCUGCAAUGAACAAGCUUAAAAAGAUGGCUUUACGUGUUAUAGCAGAGCAGUUGUCUGAAGAAGAAAUUGGCGGGCUUAGAGAGUUGUUUAAGAUGAUUGACACAGAUAACAGCGGUACAAUAACAUUUGACGAAUUAAAAGAUGGCUUGAGAAGAGUGGGCUCUGAACUUACCGAGCAUGAAAUACAGGCUCUAAUGAACGCUGCUGAUAUCGACAACAGUGGCACCAUAGACUAUGGUGAAUUUCUUGCCGCUACUGUCCACUUGAAUAAGUUGGAGAGGGAAGAAAAUUUGUUAUCCGCAUUCGCUUACUUUGAUAAAGAUAGCAGCGGAUAUAUAACCAUUGAUGAACUCUCCGAAGCUUGUAGAGAAUUUGGACUCAACGAUGGCCAUCUGGACGAAAUGAUCAAAGAGAUAGAUCAAAAUAAUGAUGGGCAAAUAGAUUACAGUGAGUUCGUUGCAAUGAUGAGAAAGGGAAAUGGAGCCGUUGGGAGGAGGACGAUGACAAGUAGUUUGUGUUUGAAUUUGGGUGAUGCUCUCAGAGCUGCAGAACAAUAAUUAAUGGCACAUUUUUCAAAUUUCAAUAGGUAAGUAUUUGGAUGUUAUCUUUUUUGAAGUAAAUAAGUAAAUUUGGGGUUUUUGGCUUCCUGUUCUCGAAGAGAGGUGCAUGUUCUUUAAUAUUGAUGGAGAUCAGUAGUUUUACAUGUUAGCGUAGGCUUAAGGCUGUCAGGGUAUGUAUAACUUCAAUGUUGCAGAAUUUUUUCUACUUAUCUAUUUGCUGAAGUGAGGCCCUCUGCUGAUGGGGGGAAUGUAUCAAAUACAAUUUAAGUGCACAAUGAAUGAUACAUCAGCUUGCUUUUUA